ACUUUUCAAGACUUCUACCUUAGAAACACCCAACUAUUUAAACUACACCACUUUAACUAAGAAUCAUUAUGUCGAAAAAGGCGCUUCUUGUCAUGGAUGUUCAAAAUGGCGUCCUCAACAUGGUUAAAGCCCCACAGCUCUAUUUCCAGCGUCUAGCGACUACGAGUUCUGCUGCGCGCGCGGCUGGUAUUCCGGUUAUCUACACUAAGUCGUCCUUCCGUCGCAACUUCUCAGAUGCCUCACCACGGAAUAAGGCUGUAAUGAGGGUAAAAUCGUUAGGCGAAGAGAUUUUCGUUGAAGGGAGCUCGUUUACUGAGUUCCACUCCGAAGUGAGACCUGCGGCAGAUGAUGUGAUUGUGGUUAAGCGCCGAAACUCCGCAUUUUCCGGCACAGAUUUGGAGGUCGUGCUUCGAAGUCUCGGUAUCCAGCACUUGGUACUGGUAGGGGUUAUGACAAGCGGUGUUGUGCUCUCCACAGUCCGCCAAAGCGCGGAUCUAGACUAUGAGAUCACUGUAGUCGAAGACCUUUGCCUGGACAUCAACGCUGAUGUACACGAUGUAUUAAUGAAGAAAAUAUUUCCUCUGCAGGGAAGUGUGAUCACUUCGGAACAAUUCUUGAAUGAGGUCAAGGAGUAGUUAAGCGUAAAAAGAGGCUGUAACUACUUCAACCACAUCUUGGCAAGUGAUGUGGGAGUCUUGUCUUCAGGUUUUAGAGCGAUAGGCGAUAAGAAGAUAAAUUUGUAAAUAUCCAGGAAGCUUUUGAACUAUUUUAUAUAGCAGUUUCAUAUAUACACCUCAAGCCUUCAUAUCCUG